UCUCCUGAACCCGAACGGUUCCAGCAACCACUAAACAUGUUCAUGGACGCAUCCAGAUUCGUGCUGUAUCUCUCAACUCUGAGCUGCUUUCUCCAUAAAACUGGCUCGGUUCAGAUGUGUGAUGUGGUCAAUGAAAUCGAGCUGGAGAGGGAAAGAUGUGAAAACAAAACAGCUGGAAAUGUCACAUCAGGCUGCAAAGGCAUGUGGGACAUCAUUGCUUGCUGGCCUUCAGCAAAAGUCGGGGAAAUGGUGGUGAUUCCUUGUCCAAACUAUUUCAGCUACUUCAGUGAUCAUCAUAGUGAAGGGAACCUGUCCAAGACCUGCACAGCAGACGGCUGGACCGAAGUGCACCCCAUAACAAUUGCUGUGAAUUGUGGAUAUAAUCUCAACGGCACCGGUGAUGAUGACAACUUCUUCCGGUCAGUUAAGAUUGGCUACACUAUCGGACACAGUGUUUCUCUCAUCUCUCUCACCACUGCCAUAGUGAUUCUGUGCAUCUUCAGGAAACUCCACUGCACACGGAAUUACAUCCACAUGCACCUGUUUGUGGCCUUCAUCCUGAAAGCCAUCGCAGUCUUCAUCAAAGACGUUGUGCUGUAUGAUGUGAUUCAGGAAUCAGACAACUGCUCCACUGGAUCUGUCGGCUGUAAAGCUGUCAUCGUCUUCUUCCAGUACUGCAUCAUGGCCAGUUUUUUCUGGCUGCUAGUAGAAGGCCUCUAUCUUCAUGCUCUAUUAGCUGUCUCCUUCUUCUCAGAGAGGAAGUACUUCUGGUGGUACAUCCUGAUUGGCUGGGGAGGGCCAAUGAUAUUUAUCACAGCCUGGAGCUUUGCCAAAGCCUAUUUCAAUGAUGUUGGGUGCUGGGAUAUCAUAGAGAACUCUGACCCAUUCUGGUGGAUUAUCAAAACACCUAUAUUAGCUUCUAUACUGAUGAACUUCAUCCUGUUUAUUUGUAUCAUUCGCAUACUGCGGCAGAAGAUCAACUGCCCUGACAUCGGGAGGAAUGAAUCCAACCAAUAUUCGAGGCUGGCUAAAUCGACGCUGCUGUUGAUUCCGCUCUUCGGGAUAAACUUCAUCAUAUUCGCCUUCAUUCCAGAGCACAUAAAAACCGAGCUGAGGCUGGUGUUCGAUCUCAUCCUGGGGUCAUUCCAGGGCUUCGUGGUGGCCGUCCUUUACUGCUUCUUGAACGGAGAGGUCCAGGGUGAGAUAAAGAGGAAAUGGAGGCGGUGGCUGGAGAGGUUCCUGGGCUCAGAUACAAAGUACCAGCACCCAUCCAUGGGUAGCAACGGCAACAACUUUAGCACGCAGAUCUCCAUGCUGACCCGGUGCAGCCCCAAAACUCCCCGUGCCUCCACCUGCCAUGACGAGUCUUCCAUCACUGUGUAACUCAGCAGGGCUUCAGUUACCAGCCGCCAUUUUGCAUGUGGCCAUUUGGGAGAAAUAAAUCGUGCUUUUGGGCACCAAAUGGUUCAUGAGGUCCAGUCAUAUGACACAGGGACAAUCAUCUAGUGUAGAUUCACUCAUGACGUGUCAUACACUUUUGUGUGUGCAUCAGAAUAAUGGAUGGAGAAGUUCAGAUAGCCUGAGGGUUCCACAAGCACUCCAUACCACAUUCUCUUUUAAGAUUUAAGCUACAGCGAGCUUAGAGGUGAACAUAUAGAAGAGGUUUACACAAAUUCUCAUCUGAACUGUCCUCUCACAGGACUUCAUCGCUACAUGAGGUUACAAUGAUGAAUCAGAAAUGCUGUAACUGUAACGUCACAAGACAUUGUUGACCUUCUUUGCCAUAUCUGCCUAACUUCACAGUAUACUAAUCACAGAUAUUAGAACCUGACAUGGGUUAAGUACUGCUUAAUCAGGAGUAACUGGGACAGCCUAAAAGGUGCUAACGGCAAGAGUAGACCUUUCUGAGUAAAAAAUAACUACAACGGAAUUUAAGUAAUAUAAAACUGACAGUGUUAAUUUUAUAUUACCACAUUCUGUUUCUUAUGGACUCUUCUUUAUUUUUCUUAGUUCUGAGUGUGUUAAAAGGGAUGUACUUUUUACAAAACAAUUAGCUUGGAAGUUCAGUAAUGGUAGCAACUUCACUACACAAAUGUCCAGUGUGCCCCUUUCAGAAAUAGUACUCAUCAGCCAAGAUGUUCAGUGUCACAUGUUUGCUUCUUAUGUUUUGCACUGGAAACUACAAGCAUAAAUGUACUUACAAGUCUAACAAGUAAUGGAAGCUAUCUAUAAAAUGUACCUUCAAGCCUCAAUGUUGUCCCUACUUUUGUCCAUUUUCAUAGAUAAAAGCAUGUACUCUAUAGCGUCAGAAACUACAGAAACAGGUCUAUUUGAGACUAUUUACCAAUUCAACACAAUUUGAGGCAAGUGUGUGAUGAUUCAGGGAGCAUUCUGACAGCAAGUCUAAGACUAAAUGCAAGGGGCACUGUGGCCCAUGGCUUAAAAAGAAGCAGGAUGACAAUGUGAACGACCUACAUUUCUAAACUGACAUAAUAAACAGAAAACUCAUA